AUGUCCGGGGCCUUCUUCUACGACGCAGACAGCGACGAAGAGCUCGAGUUCCUCAACCACGAAGAAAACAGUAGCGGGGAAGACAAAGCAGAAGAACGUAAAGGUCAAGCAGAAGCUGAAGAAGACGAAGAUGGCGAAGAAGGUGAGAAGCCUAGAGGAGGUAAAAGAAGCACUGACGCAGAGUCUCCGUGGGACGCCCGCCGUCACACAACCUCUAUCGAUGAGAAGAUCUCCAAAGCCAUGAAGCAUCGUCCACUUCCCAUCUCCACAGAGGAGGAGGAAGAAGAUGUCUCCGAUGCUCAACACGGCAAACAAGAAGAGGAAGACACAGCUGAGCUCAAAGCAGAGGAUGCUGCAACCAAGCCGUUUUUCUCAACUGUGGAUGGAGUUUCGUUUCAUGCUGAUUCGUUCAUAAAGCUCAAUCUCCCUCGUCCGUUGAUUCAAGCUUGUAAAACUCUUGGAUACAAGAAACCUACACCUAUUCAGGCAGCGUGUAUCCCUUUAGCAAUGAUGGGGCGUGAUCUUUGUGCCAGUGCCAUCACUGGAUCAGGGAAGACUGCUGCAUUCGCUUUACCUACUCUUGAGAGGUUGCUGCACCGUCCCAAACGGGUCUUUGCUACUAGAGUUCUUAUUCUCACUCCAACCCGGGAGUUGGCUGUACAGAUUCACAGUAUGAUUCAGAAGCUUGCGCAGUAUACUGAUAUCAAAUGUGGAUUGAUUGUAGGAGGGCUUUCUGUGAGGGAGCAAGAGGUGGUUCUGAGGUCAAUGCCAGAUAUUGUUGUGGCGACUCCUGGACGUAUGAUAGAUCAUUUGCGCAAUUCUAUGUCUGUGGAUUUGGAUCAUCUUUCGGUUUUAAUUCUCGAUGAGGCAGAUCGCCUCCUACAGACUGGGUUUGCCACUGAAAUACAAGAGCUGGUUCGCUUAUGUCCCAAGAGAAGGCAAACAAUGCUCUUCUCAGCGACUAUGACUGAAGAGGUUAAAGAGCUUGUCAAACUCUCCUUGAACAAACCGUUGCGUCUCUCAGCCGAUCCAUCUGCUAGAAGGCCUCCAGGCCUGACUGAAGAGGUGGUGAGAGUACGCAGGACGCGUGAGGCAAAUCAGGAAGCUGUUCUUCUUUCAUUAUGCACAAGAACUUUUAAAUCAAAAGUCAUCAUCUUUAGUGGAACAAAACAGGCUGCACAUAGACUGAAAAUUCUAUUUGGACUCACUGGCCUCAAAGCAGCUGAGCUUCAUGGAAACCUAACACAAGCACAACGUCUUGAUUCUUUGGAACUUUUCAGAAAGCAAGAAGUUGAUUUUCUCAUUGCUACAGAUGUGGCUGCUCGAGGGCUUGACAUUAUUGGUGUCCAAACAGUUAUAAACUAUGCAUGUCCUCGGGAAAUAGACAGUUAUGUUCACAGAGUUGGUAGAACAGCUAGGGCUGGAAGGGAAGGUUACGCUGUAACGUUUGUGACUGACAAUGACCGAUCCCUUUUGAAAGUCAUUGCAAAGAAGGUUGGUUCAAAGUUGAAAAGCCGAAUCAUUCCAGAGCAGUCAGUAGUCAAGUGGUCUCAGAUAAUCGAUGAAAUGGAAGAUCAAUACUCUACUGUUAUUCGAGAAGAGAGGGAAGAGAGAGCUCUAAGGAAAGCUGAAUUGGAAUUUGCAAAGGCAGAGAACAUGAUUGAGCAUAGAGAUGAAAUAUAUGCGCGGCCAAAAAGGACUUGGUUCAUGACUGAGAAGGAGAAGAAGCUCGUGGCCAAAGCUGAGAAGGAUUCUGCGGGGAACCCUUCUGGAAACGAACUAAUUAGUGCUGAUACAGCAGAGGACCUCAAGAUGAAGGAGAAGAGAAAACGCGAACGCGAGAAGAAUCUCCCGAGGAAAAAACGUAGAAAGCUUGAAGCUGCCAGAGAGAUGCUAGAGGAUAACGAAGGAGAUGAGGACGACGAAGAAGAAGAUGGUGAAGACCAAAAACGAGGAAGAUCGAGAGGGAAAGACAAGAAGAAGAAGCAAGAACCGGAUAAGAAAGGACUGACACUAGUGGAUCUUGGUUACAGGCGAGCAAAGGCGGUAAAGGCAAAACAGAGAGCAAUUGAUUCCGAUAAGAUGGAGAGACCUACUCCAAACAAGAAACAAAACCUAAACCGGAGUAAACCAAGAACAACACAGCCUCGAAAUGAAGGGAUGAAAGAUCUUUUCAAGAGCGAUACGAGCGAGAAGAAAGAAGGUAGAGGCGGCGCCGCGGCUGCAGCAAAACCUAAGGGGAAGUCGAAGAACUCUUUCAAGAGCAAAGGCCGGUAAGAAGAAAACUUCGUCUUGGAAGAUGGUCAAAGGAUGAAG